AUGUCAUUUGAACAAGUAUCAACUGCUGCAUCACAAUCUAUAAGAUUAAAGGUAGAUCCUGCCUGGGAGCAUUGUAUUCAAGUACCAAGCAAGACCCCAGGUGGAAAAAAACAUUUGAGAUGUUUAUAUUGUGUAAAGGAAUUUGCUGGUAGAGGAAUUCAUAGAAUGAAACAACAUCUUGCUGGGAAAAAAAGGGAUGCAAUAAGUUGUAAAAAAGUGUUUGCUGAUGUUCGUUACCAAUUAGAACAAAAUUUAAAGGAGAUUGAAAAGAAGAAAAGUAAGAAACAAGAUAAUUAUGAAGAAGACAAUCUUUAUGGCCCUGAUGUCCCAUCAUUUGAAAGUGAUGCUCUAAAUAUACAAGAAGUUGCUUCUUCCCCAGUCCAAAAUCCCAGAGAGAGCCAAUCGAAUGUUCAAAAUCCAAAUACUUCUCAAUUUGGAAAAAGAAAGGCGAUUGGAGAAAUAAAUAACUAUUUUGCUCUAAGAACAAUCUCAGGACCACAACCAGGGAUACGAAGUGCACUUGCAGCUGUGUUAGAUGCAGUUGUAGCAAUUGGUCUUGGUUAUAAAGGGCCAACUUACCAUGCUAUUAGAACCAAAUUAUUGGGAAUUAUAUUCAUUAAAUCUAUUGAUGCAUCAAACAUAGUUAAGGAUGCUCAAAAUCUUUGUAACUUGUUCAUUGAAAUGGUUGAUUUUGUUGGUGCAAGAAAUGUUGUUCAUUUAGUAACUGAUAAUGCAGCUAACUAUAAAGCUGUUGGAAGGAAAAAGGAUGGUUGGACAAAAACUAUUCGUCCAAGGCCAACACAGUUUGCAACUACUUUUCUUGCAUUGAAAAGCAUUUCUGAGCAUAAACAUGAUUUGCAAUCUUUGGUUACCAGCAAGAUGUUUACAGAAUCUAGAUAUUCAAGAGAUCAAAAGGCCAAGGAUGUGACUAUGAUUGUGUUGGACAACAAAUUUUGGAAUGAUUGUAAAAAAAUUGUUGUACAAAUUGUUUCACCACUUAUUCGGUUAUUGCGGAUUGUCGAUGUUGAUGAGAGACCUUCUCUUGGGGUUUUUAACAAGAAAAGAUCUUUUGAUCCUAUUGAUUAUGAAAGCAUUGGUGAUAUUGAGUAUUGGAUCAUGGAAGAUGAGGAUGAUUCUUCUUGUUUUUGUUAUGAUGAGAUAGAAGAAGAUAUAAUUUAUGAUGAUACAACAAUACUAAGAGCUUUUGUCAAUCAAGUUGAGGAUGUUAAAAAGAGUUAA